AUGGGUCGUAUGUACGGUAAAGGUAAAGGUAUAUCCAGCUCAACCAUCCCAUAUAAAAGAAAACAACCUAGCUGGUUAAAACAAAAACCAUCUGAAAUUGAAGAUGCUAUUAUUAAAUUAGCAAAGAAGGGUCAAACUCCAUCUCAAAUAGGUGCAACAUUAAGAGAUAAUUAUGGAAUACCUCAAGUAAAGGCAGUUACUGGAAAUAAAAUUUUAAGAAUAUUGAGAGCCCAUGGUGUUGCUACAACUAUUCCAGAAGAUUUAUAUUUUUUAAUAAAAAAAGCUGUAUCUAUGAGAAAGCAUCUUGAAAAAAAUAAAAAAGAUAAAGAUUGCAAAUUCAGAUUAAUUUUAACUGAAUCAAAAAUUCACAGAAUAUCCAGAUAUUAUAAGAGAAAAAGAUUAUUACCUUCAAACUGGAAAUACCAAUCAAGCACUGCUAGUGCUCUUAUUGCUUAA